GAAAACCUCCAAGACCACCACCACCACCCCCCCAAAAAAACACACAUCAACUUUCUCAGGCCCGAUUUGCCCAAUUUUUGAGUAGACCAAAACUCUUUCGUUCUGCAUCGACAUAGGUACUCUCACCAUUCAAACCACAAAAAAAAACUACUUUUUUCCCCACCUAAAGUAUUUCUCGCCUCCGUGAAAGGAAUCGCGCAAGUUCCUUGCCUGCCUUGGUACCUAGGGGUUGGACUCGCGCUAAGACACCAGCCAUAACAAGCGAACUUUGACACCUCCCAGCUCUUCCUCCGUCUCCCGUCACGAAAUCAUACCUCCCCCCCAUCCCACAACAACACCACAACACUUCCACUUCUUCUCACCGGCCCGCAUUCUCUCUUACGCCUUUAACUUGAAAGGUAUCCCCAUAUUCAGUUCUCGAACAAGCAUUGGGCCCCCCGGAGCCAUCGUCAUUUCCAUCCUCGACUCGGACCAUCAACAAAGCCCAUGUCCUAUACCCAACGCACUUGACAGCACGCCAAUUCUUUCGGUCAGCCAUCUUGGAGCUUCUUCUUAGACCAAUGUACGUUGCAUCAUCCGUCCCCUUCCGCCCAAGUAAUUAAUCGCGUGCGCGACCACCGCCGUGGUGCAACCCGGUCGUGCCCAAUUCUUUCUAUCGCGUCGUACUGACGUGGGUCCAUUUUAGCAUCUCAACCCCUUCUACCUUUCUCCGGAAAUAAUCAUUUAAUACACCAUCCACAUACAACCAAAUCCACAAACAUGCCUCCAGUAAGUAGAUCCAUUCAAGACGCGAUGGCAUCUGCUAGUGGGUGUUCAUUGACGGUGGCAAUGAUGUUAAUUCUCCUGUGUACAGAGUCGAGUAGCAAGCCGGCGAGCGCCCACCAACGAGAAUGACGAGAACAGUGCUGCCGUUACCACACGCCUCACAAGAUCCAAGUCACAGAAGUUCAGCGGAGAGGAAGAAGCACAGCCAGUCAAGAAGGCCCUUGCAUCCAAGAAAGCCGGUGUGAAUACACAACAAACUCGCAAGCGUGCGGCUAUGGGAGAUGUUACCAAUGUUACCAAGGGCGAUGCCGCAGAGGGAAAGAAGGCCACAGGCAAAGUCGGACUAGUUUCCAAAGCUUCACAACCAACCGGUAUCUCAAAGACACGUACAGCUGGUAGACCGGCAUUGGGCUCCAAGGAUACCAACAAGAAGGCUACUGAACUGAAGCGCGUCGGUUCUGGUGUUCUACCUACACAAAAGAGAAAGUCCGCACCAGCCCCCGUCAAGGAAGAGACUCCUGUCGAGGAUGAACAACCAUCACGAAAGAAGAUCCACCUCGAGUCUAAAGUAAAGGUCCAGGUCCAAACUGAGGAGAUUUUUGAGGAGGUCGUUGAGUCCGAAGUGAAGGAGGAAGAAUCAGUCAAACCUAAAUUCGCACCUGGUGUUGAAGACCUCGAUGAAGAAGAUCGUGAUGAUCCAUUGAUGGUUGCUGACUACGUCGUUGAGAUUUUCGAGUACUUGAAGAAGCUUGAAGUCGCAACAAAGCCCAAUGCAGACUAUAUGGAGCACCAGGAGGACUUGGAGUGGAAGAUGCGAGGCAUCCUUGUUGACUGGCUCAUUGAAGUUCACACCCGCUUUCACUUACUUCCUGAAACCCUCUUCCUCGCUGUCAAUAUCAUCGACCGCUUCCUUUCCACAAAGGUUGUUCAACUAGACCGCCUUCAACUGGUUGGUGUCACUGCCAUGUUCAUCGCGUCCAAGUACGAAGAAGUCCUCUCUCCUCAUGUUGCCAACUUCCGUCACGUCGCUGACGAUGGCUUCACGGAGUCGGAGAUCUUGAGUGCUGAGCGAUAUGUCCUCACAGCUUUGAACUACGACCUGAGCUAUCCUAACCCAAUGAAUUUCCUCCGUCGUAUCUCUAAGGCUGAUAACUAUGAUAUCCAAACAAGAACUAUUGGCAAAUAUCUUAUGGAGAUCAGCUUACUUGACCACCGUUUUAUGGAUUACCUUCCAAGUCACGUUGCCGCUGCCUCGAUGUACUUGGCCCGUUUGAUUCUGGAGCGCGGAGAAUGGGUAAGUCAAGUUUUGAUAUAUACACACCAGAAUACAAGCUAAUCAUUUCCAGGAUGCCACUUUGACUCAUUACUCCGGUUAUGAUGAGGAAGCAAUUGAACCUGUUUUCAAGCUCAUGGUUGACUACCUGGCUCGUCCUGUCGUCCAUGAAGCAUUCUUCAAGAAAUACGCAAGCAAGAAGUUUCUCAAGGGUAAACAUAUCCAUUCUUCUCUCGUCACAUCAUCAUACUGACUCUCUCCAGCUUCAAUUCUUACAAGACAAUGGGCCAAAAAGCAUGUUGUCGAACUCGAUAUUGACAUCUCCGUGCCACUUGACGUUGCACGAUAGAAAUCCAAGUUAUCAACACAUACCCGAUACACUUUGCAUCAGUUGCUUCCUGGAUACACCCUGCAUUAUUUGGAUGGGACGAACGAAAAUUACGAUAGACGGAUGACUUCUUCACCGACACCAUUUGCUGUUCAUAGGCAUUUCGCUACUACAUGCCUGUUUUGAGCUGGACCAACGUCAUGAGAGAGUGUUAUUGUCUCUUGGUCCGUGUUAACUGUGUUGUUGCUUUUUACAUUUUCGUUGUUGCUUUUUACUUUUUCUCUUUUUCUCUCAUUCUUGGCCGGCGUUGAUGAUUUUUCCCGGAAGUACGGAGUUUGGCUGUUUAUCCCUCUUCUCAAGGCGCGCUAUCUGAUUUCAGAUGCAUGGCGAAAAGUGCUGGUGGGUAGUGCUUGGGUUACUAUGUGUGCUGGAGGAAGGGGGGUUUUCCAAGAUUGUUUGUGUUAUGGUACCAACCGGGGAGAAACUCUGUACAUAUUUUCGUUCAACAAUGAAAUGGUGUCACGAAUCCUCUUUGGCUGGAAGAGUGCGUGGGACCAUUUGCAUGUUGUAUGGACGAAUACCUUUCUCGGCGUAUAGGAGAGUAGUAAAAUCACUAAUAUCUUUCAACCAAAA